UAGAUCGAUGCAACCGGGUACAUCCAGAUUCCAUAACCUAACUUUAUUAUCUGUCAUUUUACUCAAAAAUUUGUGAGUCAAGAGGAUGGAAUAAUUGGGGUAGUUGGGAAUAUCUCAACUAUUCACUAGAACAAGAUGGUUGUGGGGGCUUUUCCUAUAGCUAAAUUGGGUGCUUUACUGGUGAAGCAAAUAAGCAAACCAAUAGCUAAUGCUAUCAAAGAAAAAGCUAAAAUAUCCCCAGUUUUUAGAAAAUAUGUCUGCUUACCACCAGCCCAGUUGUAUUAUUGGUGUGAGUUGAAGGCUAAACUAUGGGUUUUAAAUUUAGGAAAGCCUGUAAGUAUUCCCAUUUAUAAUGAAGAUAUGGCUAUUGAAUUGGGAGCUAAUUUGUUAGGGGAAGGAAUUAUAUUUUUCAUAGCAGCUGGAAUUGUAGUUGCUGAGUAUAGUAGAUCAUAUAGAAAGGAGGCAGCAAAAGAAGCUGCAAGAAAAGAAGAAAUGGAAGAACUUCAACUUUCCCUUAAAGAACUCUUUAUUCAAACUGAACAACAAGCUACUCAUAUACGAGAGUUACGACGUAGGCUAGGAGAUUUAGACACCAAAAUUGGAGAUAAAAUUUCAGCUAAACAAAUCAAUAAUGAUGACACACCUCCAUCAAAACCACCACCAAUUAAUGAUAACUAUACAUUUAAAUCACAUGUUCUUGAAAAAAUUCCAAACAUUGAAGAGUCAGAAAUAAAUUUGAAUUUAUCAGUGAAAAGUAAACUACCUGACACUACACUAGUGAAUAAUGUAGGUUCAAGUUUUUUAUUAAAGGUAGUUUCUGAUGUUGAAAAUGAAUUUUGGAAAUAUCCACCUUCAGAAUUCAAACCAGGAAUCUUAACUAAGUCAUUGAAUCAUUUAUAUGAAAAUGUUUAUAGAUCAGAAAGUAAAGUGUUCAUAUAGGGUAGGAAUUGAUAAGAUGUUUUCCAGUUUAAGAAACAAAAUGUGAAAAUCGUAAUUUAUUAAAACUUCUUUCAUUAG